UACUAGCACUUUUUAUUUUCAUUUUCCAGAAUCAAAAUUCAAAGACCUUCUCUUUCCCAAACUCAAUUUUUGCGCGGGAAAAUCCCUAAACCCUAAUCUGAAAUUCGAGCGGCUCUGGUGGUGUGCGAGGGAUAGGGUUUUGAGUGGGGGAGAGGAAUGGAAGGGAGGGAAAGCGAGGCGGUGUUUGAUUCGGUGAACCUGAAUCCGCAGCUGUUCAUCAACGAGGUCAUCAACACCGUCGACGAUUUGGUCGACGAUGCGUUCGAUUACUUCCAGCAGGAAGCAUCGACCUCUUUGAAAGUCGAAGGCACUGACAGAGCUCAAGAUCUAGCCAAGGGCGUUAAUCUCAUUCGCAAAAUGGUUCAAUCGAAUGUUGAUAAGCGGCUGGUUAUGUGGGAGCGGUACUGUCUUGACCACUGUUUUGAAGUUCCAGAGGGGUUUGUGCUGCCCAAAAGUGGUGAAACACCUGUUGAUAGUUCUGUAUGUCAAAAUGCAAUCUGUGAUCCAGAAGUGGAUGCCAAGUUGGAUUCGUUGAGGAACAAACUCACCAAGGUUGGUGAGGAAUCUGCUGCACUGAACCGAGAGCUCCAAUUAUUGGAACAACAGUCUGCUUCUAGUAACCGUUUAUCUGUGCUUGUCAAUGAGACAUUGCAGUUAUAUGACCGAAGCUCUUUUCAUGAGAUGUUCCAGGAGAUGGUUAAAACAUCAUCACAACUUAGGAUGAAAACAGCAAAGCUGAAGACCAGAAAGGCUGAAGAAGCGAAACAGAAUAAGAUAGAUAAGAUCUACAAUCGAUACAGAGAUUCAUCUGUGAUGAAUGAUAGCAAUGGUCUCUCUGGUGCAAAGUUGGAAGAUCUUCAAGAAUUUUUAGACAAUAUGAAAACAAUGUGAACUAUCCAUAUAAUUUCUUCAGUCUUGCAGCGCUCCCAAUUCGCACAGUUUGGCAGUUGUAAGUGUUUGUCAUCCAGUUCAGCAAACUGCCAAUGUUGAACAUGGAUUUUACGCUGAUUUGCUGAGAAUAACUGUGAUUGUAAAAUCUUAAGCUUGUGUCAUGCACUAAUGCCUACUGAUGAUACUUCUGUUGGCUUGGUCAA